AUGGACUAUCUAUUUAUGUAUCUAUCUAUAAUCUAUCUAUCAUCUAUCUAUCUUUCAAUAUUUUCUAUCUAUCUAUCUAUCUAUCUAUCUAUUAUCUAUCUAUUUUCUUUCAUAUCUAAUAUUCAUCUAUCUAUCUAUCUAUUUUAUCUAUCUAUCUAUCUAUCUAUCUAUCUAUCAUCAAUCUAUCUAUCUAUCUUUCUAUCUAUCCAUAUCUAUUUAAUCAUUCAUUCUAUCUACAGAAAUAUCUAUCUAUCUAUCUUUAUCAGACUUUCAUCUAUUCUAUCUAUAAAUCUCUAUCUAUCAUAUAUCUAUUAUUUAUCUAUCUCUUUCUAUCUAUCUGUUCUAUCUAUCUAUCUAUUUAUAUAUAUAUAUAUUUAUCUUUAUAUCUAUCUAUAUAUCUAUCUUAUCUAUUCUAUAUUGUAUCUAUCUUCUAUCUAUCUAUCUAUCUAUCUAUCUCUAUAUCUAUCUAAAUAUAAAAAAAAAUAUCUAUCUAAACUAUCUAUCUAUCUAUCUAUUGGAUCUAAUCUAUCUAUAUCCAAAUCUAAAAUUAUCACAUCUAUCUUUCCUAUCUAUCUAUCUAUCUAUCUAUCUAUCUAUCUAUCUAAAAAUCAAUUAUCAUUAUAA